CAAUCAUUUGUCUAUAGUUGAAAGAAAAGUGAAAUACGACCCGUCUCCAACCUCGCAAUCAAACAACUUCGAAGACUGGAAGAUCAAUUUCAACUCCAACGAAAGCAGGAUUAGUUUUUGGAGACAUUGAGGCUGGUUCCUGUUUGGAAUGGCUAAUGAUGAUGAUUUCACAUUUUGUCAGGUUGCUCGCCCAAAUUACCAAGAGGGUACUGAAGCAGAAAAGGUUGUUCAAGAUAUAAAUGGGAUCAGAAUAGAAGAAAACCCGUCAAAUUGUGUUGCUGCUAGCCAGAGUAAUGGUGACUUUUGGCAGGACAAAUUGCCAAGUACUGCUACCUUAAAUAAGCAGGGGAGAGUUGGUUCUUUAUCUUUCAACGUUAUAGACACUUCUCAAAAACAAGUGAGUGAAAGUUCUAGUCAAGGAGCAUCAGGAAACAUUAAGACUCCAGUUAAAGCUUCACAGGGGCCAAUAAAUUCUGCAAGGAAGCCUGCACCUCGAGCAAAAGUGCCUUUUGAGAAAGGGUAUAGCCAGAUGGACUGGCUUAAGCUUACAACAACACACCCUGACCUUGCAGGACUGAAAGGGCAUUCAAAUAGACGACUCAUAUCUAUAAAUGAAGUUAAACAGCACCAAAGUGAGGGUUCAAUGUGGACUGUUCUUAAAGGCCGUGUUUACAAUAUAUCACCAUAUAUGAAAUUUCAUCCAGGAGGUGUUGACAUGCUGAUGAAGGCUGUUGGAAAAGAUUGCACAGCUUUAUUCAAUAAAUACCAUGCUUGGGUUAAUGCAGAAUUUUUAUUGGAGAAGUGUCUUGUUGGCAUUCUAGAUGAGAGCCAGUGAAGAUGUUUGUAUUCCAAGAUUCAAGUAUGAUUCUCAGCAAAAAGUAUAAUCAUCUCCAACAUACUGACCUUGAAGAGAAGGCAUAUUUAUCUUCUUUAAAUAAAGGCCUUAAAUUGUUUGCCUUAUUCGCUGUGAAAAAAUAAAAAGUUGGCAGAAGAAUCUACAAUUUGGUUUUUAGAUAAAAACCCUGAGAAUGGGAAUUGUUGUGCUACUUCAUUUCAUUCUAAUAUGAGGAAAAAUAGAAAAAGAUACGAAAAGAAAAUGAAAAGCAAAGAAACACCUUCUGGACAUGUUGUAUAACUAUUGCUGUUCUUGGGAUUUGCUAAUAUAAGUUUAUCUGCUCAUGGCAUUUCCUCACA